AUGGCUAAAUCUCAUUCUGAAACGUUGGACCCCAGAAUCAGGCGGUUUCUGUGCAUUAUCGCCAAGUUGCCAUUAUCCCAGCAAACUCCCCCUUCAUCGCCCAUCUCGCACAAAAUCGUUGUGGGUACCCUUGCAACACUCAUUGGAGCCUGGGCUUUCUGGCAAGUUGGCAAGGAUUUCCAGUUUGUCAAGUUCGAGCCUAGACUGCCUGAGGAAAUCGAAAAACGCCGGAAAGAGGGCACCGGAUUGGAGAUUCGUUCUUUGGAGACGAGAAGCUUGGAGUACACCGAUGAGGCCAAGGCUCGGUUGAAAAGGAAGUUUGAAGAGAGCGAGAAGAAGUGA